AUGACUGGUGACUCCUCAAUUUCUCAGGUCAGGCGCCAGUUCUCCAAUUCAUUGUCUGUCAAUAGACUGCGGAGCCCAUCAGAUCUCACUCCCGUAUCUCCAUUAUCUACUAGAUCUAAUUCUGAACCUCAGAUAUCGUCACCUGGAUGGUCACAAUAUGGAGACGUUCAUGAGACCACAGAUGUUCGAACAUAUGGAGACAACGCAACAAAGACGUCGAAUGCAAUAUUAAAGAACAUCUCUAUGUUCCCCAGUAAUUCUGAAGAUACAGAUGACGUUAUCGAAUCCAUGGAAUACGUGGACUCUUUCGAGGUGCCAUCAGUCUUUCUCAAGAACGGGAUGCUACUUCUCAAGAUCUCACAUAAAUCGAAAAAGAGGAUUCAGUUGAAGGUAGAUCCCGCUAAUUUCAAAAUUUUCUUUAAUCAGAUUUCGAAAAGCAAGUUAUAUGAAUUCUUGGUCGAUGAUAUCAGAAGCUUCUGCGCCAGGGACCAUGCCAAUCACUACAGAGAAGAGUAUGGCAUUUCAAAAGAAUUUGAGAAGAGGUGGUUGACAGUGAUUUAUUAUAAUCACUCAAAAAAUAAACUCAAGACGCUCAAUCUCAUCGCUGAUACUAGUCAUGACUUGAAGAAACUACUUUUCAUAAUUGAAAACUUCAAGCGGCUUAAAGAUGAAAUCUCAAGAAAUUUUUUGGUUAACUUGAAAGAUUUGGACGAAACUUCUCGAAAUGUGGUGUUUGGAAAGGCUGAGGCAACGGAUAAAAGUUUGAAGGAAACAUUAACUUUUGCUGAUGUUCUCAAGUUUUGUAAACGUUUGAACAUUAAUUUGAAUCCAAGUCAUCUCAAGAGGCUCUUCCUGAACGUUCAUACUAAAGAUAAGGAAGGAAUCGACUUUGACCAGUUCAAAAGUUUUGUGAAGAUGCUCAAGGAGAGGCCUGAAUUGAGGAAGAUUUGGGAAGCAGUUCUGAAGGGAAAGGAUUUCAUGAACUAUAAAGAUUUUGAAUCCUUCAUGUUAGACGUUCAAAAGGAGACAAACGACUCCGACCAUUUCAGUAAGAUUUUCAAGAAAUUUUCUAUCGACGGAAUGGAUGGAUGGACAGAAGAUAUCUGGAAUAACUUCUUGAAUUCAAAGUUCUCCUUUCAUUUGAAGGCUGAGUUUCUGUCUCCGGACUAUUACACUCGUUCACUAAACGAGUAUUACAUCUUAUCGUCGCAUAACACUUAUUUGGUAGGUAGACAAGUUGCCGGAGACUCUUCUGUGGAAGGCUACAUUAAGGCGCUACAACGAGGCUGCAGAUGUAUCGAGAUAGACAUUUGGGAUAAUACUGAUGACCCUUAUGGCGACCCAGUAGUCAAUCAUGGCAGAACAUUCACAAAUGGCAUCUCUUUAACCAAUGCCCUACGUGCAAUUAGAAAAUAUGCUUUUACUUCGACGCCGUAUCCCGUCAUCCUUAGCCUUGAGAUUCAUUGUUCUGCUGAAUUUCAAUUGAAAGUUGUUGAUUCAUUAAAACAAACAUUCGGUGAAAUGUUAGUUGAUAAACCUAUUGAUUCUGGUUCAAGUUUACCUAGUCCAGAAGCUCUCAAGAACAGGAUUCUCGUCAAGGUCAAGAAAACAAGUCCAAUGUCAGACCUUGGUGUUGAUGAAAGUGGGAAGUUUGUUAGUAGCUCAACUACUGGCACUUCCUUUAGUGAAAGCAAUGAUUCGGUCAGCACACCAAGGAAAAAUUCACUUAAGCUCAGAAGAAGGGGUUCUAGUAAGGUAAUUGAUGCUUUAAGUGCAUUGGGGGUGUACAUUCAAGGAGUCAAAUUCAGGAACUUUUCGCUUCCAGAAUCCAAAACGUUUAAUCAUUGUUUCUCCUUGAAUGAGAAAGCAAUCAAUGCUAUGCUCAAGGAGGAUCUGAAGAUGGCCGCAAUUGACAAACAUAACAGAAAGUUCCUUAUGCGAGUCUAUCCCUCUAAGUAUAGACUAAAAUCUUCAAACUUCAUUCCGAUCAACUAUUGGACACAUGGAUGUCAGAUGGUGGCGACAAAUUGGCAAACGUAUGAUCUCGGACAGCAGCUCAAUGAAGCUUAUUUCGAAAAGUCACAGGGCCUGGGUUACAUUUUAAAGCCAAUGGCACUUCGACGUCCAUUAAUGAAGUCAACUAUGCGGAGGGUGUUUCUCAGCCGCAAAGUUAACACCAACUUCUCUAUUGAGAUCAUUAGUGCACAGCAUUUGCCAAAGCCUGUCAAUUCGGUAGCAAUAAAUCCAUUUGUGAUACUUGAGGUAAUCGGGACAUCCAACGUUCAAUGGGAUAAAGAAUCUACUGUGGGUGCGACUCGAUUAGUUGCUGAAAACGGAUUCAACCCCGUCUGGAAUCAGAGGUUUUCUGGCACACUUGAGACCGAUAACGAAAUGGUGUUUCUUCGUUUCACAGUUCAUUCCUCUCUGAAUUCAAAGGCUAUUGAGGAUUCUAAAGAAAUUGGGAUUCUUGUGACCAACUUGUUUGAUAUGAAACAAGGCUACAGAUAUUUUCCGCUCAAUGAUUUUUGUGAUCGCAAUAAGUUAUCGGUAAUGGGUAAGAUUACAGUUUCUGACACCAAGGCGAAACAGCGUCAUAAUCCUUUGCUCAGGGAUAUUACUUCGUCGGAUGGAGUCUUAAGAGAUUCCUCAAGGAAAUUAGCGAAGGCUAAGAAGACAGGAAAUGAGGAUCCUGAAGGUUUCCUCGAUGCUACCACUUCCCGCAAGAUCUUACAACUCGCCAAAGAGCAACAAGAGGAGUUGGAGAGCGAACUUUCUCAAGACAUUCAAGAAAAUAAAUCUUUUGCACUGACUCUCAAGGACCAGGCAAUGGAGGAUGAAAUGGUCAUGGGAGAAACAGAUGAAGAGUAUUCUGAUUUUGAGGAUGAUGCAUACCAAGUAGAAGAAGAGAUUGAAGUCGAUGAAAAUGAUCAAGCAUUAUUUGAAAGCUAUUUUAAAGGGGAGAACGCUGGUACCACCAUUAAUUUAGCUGAUAAAAUCCUUGCGAAGAUCCAUGAGAAAGAGCUUCUCAAAGAGCAGACUCACACAGCUGCAAGUAACACAGAUGCUGUGUAUCUUCCUCCCAAAGUCAUUGCUGCAUAUGAAAAAAUUGGGCAGAUUUUAUCUACUUAUAAGCACGGCAAGCUUCCAAAAUUGUUCAAGGUCUUACCAACCUUAAAGAACUGGGAGCAAGUGCUAUAUGUAACAAAUCCAGAGAGUUGGACUCCACAUGCAACCUAUGAAGCGACAAAACUUUUUGUAUCGAACUUGCAAGCCCAUGAAGCGCAAAAAUUCAUUGAGAAAGUGUUGCUAGAAAAGUUCAGGAAUUCGAUCGAAGAUAGCGAAAAUCAUUCAUUGGACUACCAUAUUUACAGAGCAAUUAAGAAGUCUUUGUAUAAACCAGGAGCAUUCUUCAAGGGUUUUCUUCUUCCUUUGGUUGAUGAUCAUUGUACUGUUAGAGAAGCUACGAUCACUGCAUCUGUUCUUUCUAAAGUUUCAGUUCCGGUAUUGCAUUCCUCUGUAGCAUUAACUCAAUUAGUACUGAGAGAGUUUCGUCCAGCUACUAUGGUGUUUAUUCGGGUAUUGAUUGAAAAAAAGUACGCUCUUCCCUACCAGACGUUGGAUGAAAUUGUGUUUUAUUUCAUGCGAUUCAGGAAAGCAGCGCAAGAAGAUAUGGGGGAACCUAUGGAUAAAAGUAUGCCAGCUUUACCGGUUGUUUGGCACAAGGCCUUUUUGGCAUUUGCUCAGAGAUACAAGAAUGAUAUAACUGACGAUCAACGUGAUUUCUUAUUGGAGACUGUUAGACAAAGAUUUCACCAUGCAAUUGGACCCGAGAUCAGAAGGGAACUUUUAGCUGGUCAGCCAAGAAUUGUGGAUCCAAAGUUCAAGGAGGCUGCUAUGGAAGACGCAUUUUGA